AUGCUGUCAAAAGCCCUUCUCAACGCCCUGGCGUUGGCAUCCGGUGCCGUUGCCUGCCCUGGCCACGAAAACUACAUCUCUGAGGGCCUUGGAAAACGGGUGGUUGUUUCGGGGCCUGCGCCUCCGCCGACGGACUGGGCCUACGAGGCUUCGUUCAACUGGGGCCGCAUCAACCCAAACUACACAUUGUGCCAGACGGGUACUCAGCAAUCGCCAAUUGCCCUCAGCCUCAACCACGGCCUGUCCCUGAACCACAUUGUCACGUUUGACUACCCGGAGAAGACAAAGGGCAACUUUUACAACUGGAACUUUGGACCAGCAUUUACCGUUUCCCGCCCAGACGGCGUCUGGACAGAGAACCCGUCGGCUAGCUUCGACAAUACGACGGUGUACCUGAAGGGCUGGCAUAUUCACUCGCCAGCCGAUCACUCGGUGAACGGCGAUCGGUCCAAGGCGGAGCUCCAUCUCGUUCAUGUUGACGAGGAAGGUCAUGAGAAGGCCGUGAUGGCCAUCCGUCUUGACCCAGGCAACUCGAACAACACAUUUUUCGAUCAACUGCCGCCGAUGAUUGGGUUCAACCAAACGGGGUCCCAAGAGGAGAUCGAGAUCAACAUCCAACUGGCGCUUGACAGCGUCCUGAGAUUCAACGAGUUCUGGACGUACCAGGGUAGCUUGACGAGCCCCCCUUGCCGCGAAGGCAUCCGGUGGUUUGUGGCACGUCAGGUGUUAUUUACCGGUGUUGAGCAGAUGAGAAACAUCUUGGGCGCAAGCACGUACAGCGCGCGGGCGGAACAGGAGGUCUGGCAACACCGCAUCAACCAGUGA